AUGCAUGUGCACAAGUGCAUGUGUCCGUGCAUCGGUACACGUGUGUGCACCCCGCCUGUUCCGCUCUGUGCCCGGCUCUCGGGGGUGCCCCUGGCACGGUUUCACCCCCGCCCCAGCUCUUCCCGGAGCAGCGGGAACGGUCCUCCAAGGCGGCAGGCGGGUAGACGCCCGGCGCCGCUCUGCGCCGCUCCUCUCGCUGCCCUGUCCCUCGCUUUCCCGGAAGCGCCAGCGGAGCAGCGGAACACCGGAACACGGAAGUGCCGCUGUGGCCGGUGUCGGGGCUGGCGGCAGGGGCGGGGCGGGCUGGGGGUGCGGGUGGCGGUGGCGGCUGCGGCUGCGAGCCGGGCCCCGCUCUCCGGGACACUCUCUCUCCGGAACGCCCUCUUCCCGCUCCCUUCCUCCGCCUGGCUGCGGGCCAUGGCGGCAGCGGCGGCAGCAGCGGGCUCCAACUGGGGCCUGAUCAUGAACGUGGUGAACAGCAUCGUGGGGGUGAGCGUGCUCACCGUGCCCUUCUGCUUCAGACAGUGUGGCAUCAUCCUGGGAACUCUGCUGCUGAUUUUCUGUUCUUGGAUGACUCAUCAAUCCUGCAUGUUCCUGGUGAAAUCGGCCAAUCUCAGCAAGCGCAGGACUUACCCUGGCCUUGCAUUUCACGCCUAUGGAAAAGCAGGAAAAAUGUUGGUGGAAACAAGCAUGAUUGGGCUGAUGCUGGGAACUUGCAUCGCUUUCUAUGUGGUUAUUGGUGAUUUGGGAUCCAACUUCUUUGCCCGGCUGCUUGGAUUUCAGGUGUCAGGCAGUUUCCGGAUAGUCCUGCUCUUUGCUGUCUCGCUGUGCAUUGUGCUUCCACUGAGCCUCCAGAGGAACAUGAUGGCCUCCAUACAGUCCUUCAGUGCCAUGGCUCUCAUCUUCUACACAGUGUUCAUGUUCGUGAUUGUGCUUUCAUCCUUCAAGCACGGCCUCUUCAGCGGGCAGUGGCUGCAGCGAGUGAGCUACACCCGCUGGGAGGGCAUUUUUCGCUGCAUCCCCAUCUUUGGCAUGUCUUUCGCCUGCCAGUCUCAGGUCUUGCCUACCUAUGAUAGCUUGGAUGAGCCAUCUGUUAAAAUCAUGAGCUCCAUAUUUGCUUCUUCCCUAAACGUGGUCACCACCUUUUACAUCACGGUGGGCUUCUUUGGCUACGUGAGCUACACUGAAGCCAUUGCUGGGAACGUCCUCAUGAACUUCCCCUCCAACCUCGUGACGGAGAUGAUUCGAGUGGGAUUCAUGAUGUCGGUAGCCGUGGGGUUUCCCAUGAUGAUUCUCCCAUGCAGACAGGCGCUGAACACCCUUCUCUUUGAGCAGCAGCAAAAAGAUGGCACCUUUGCUGCAGGGGGUUACAUGCCCCCACUUCGGUUCAAGGCCCUGACACUGGCUGUUGUGUUUGGAACCAUGGUAGGAGGCAUCAUGAUCCCAAACGUGGAAACAGUCCUGGGGCUGACAGGUGCUACGAUGGGAAGCCUCAUUUGUUUUAUCUGCCCAGCUCUUAUUUACAAGAAGAUCCACAAGAAUGCGCUUUGUUCACAGAUGAUCCUGUGGAUUGGCCUGGGGAUACUGGUUAUCAGUACAUACACCACCCUGUCUGCAACAGAGGACACCCCUGUCAAGACUGAUGUGGUGGACAUGGAGCACCUGGACCGAGAGGAGAACAGAAUAGACCAGGAUUCUGUCAAAAUCCCAGACCAGAAGCCAGCAGUGGAGCAGGCAGAGGAUGGCCGUGACAAACCGAAGCUGCUGGAAGAGAAGGAGAUGGAGCAGCCGCAAAUUAAGGUGCCCAUGGAGGUACCCAAGAGAGAGGAGGAGAGAGGAAAACAGGAGGAGAAAGUGCAGCUUGACCGUCCUGAUCAAGGGAUUGCCCUGCCCGUGGGGGAAGCCCAUCGCCAUGAGCCGCCUGUCCCACAUGAUGAAGUGGUCGUGGACAUGGGCCGGGAGCGGGAGGAAUCCGAGGAGAAGAAGCCUGCGCCUGGGGGAGCCAAGGAUCGUCUGCUGGAGGAGCCAGCCGGAGUGAAUCCACAGAAAGAGGCACUUGGCCCGAAACAGGGGAAGGAAGUGAUUGCUGGGAACCAACUGCGGGGAGGGACUGAGGAGCCUGCUAGGAAUCCAAAGCACGUCCUGGAGGUGCUGGUGCAGCAGGAUGGCAGGCCGCCAUACAAAGAGCUGGAGCCAGACAAACAACUGGGGGAAGCCAAGGCACAAGCUGCCAUGCCGGACGGUGAGAAGAAAGCUGAGGCUGCAGGUGACAGGGAGAAAGCAAAGCUCCAGUUCCCCAGGAAAGCAGAGGAGGCUGUGGAGAAGGAAGCUGACCCUGGUGAAAAGCAGGAGCUGCCCCUCCCGGAGAGAACGGAUCAGCUGGAGCCGAGGGAGGCCCAAAAUACCGAAGAGAAGCAUCAGGAGAAUGUGGAGAGCAAGCUGGAGGAAGCAGGGCAGGCAAAACUGCUCGAUCAUGCUGUGCUGCUGCAGGUGAUCAAAGAACAGCAGGUUCAGCAUAAGCAGCUACUUGACCAGCAGGCAAAGCUGCUGGCUGUGAUUGAAGAACAGCACAAGGAGAUCCACCAACAAAGGCAGGAGGAGGGAGGAGAAGAGAAGCCAAAGCAAGCAGAAGCACAGCAGGAGCCUGCAGUGCCUCUCUUCAGGAGCAAGGAGGACGAGGGCCUUGGGGCCAAGCACGAAGUUGCUGCAAAGGCGCUCAGCAAGGAGCUGUUGGAGCAGCCAGCCCAGGGCCUGGGCAGGCAGCCUGCUGACUCCACAGAGCAGCACAGGGCAGCUGUGGGAAAGCUGGGAGAGGCUGGGCACAGGCAUGAGAUUCCCAGGGUUCCUCCCAAGGAGCAGAAGAUGCUGCCACAGGACAAUGACAGGGCUGCUGAAAAUCCUGCCGAGAACCAGGAUCCCCUUCACGGGGAUGCCCAACAUGCUCCAGCAGCCAGAAACCACCUGGAGAAGCCCUUGGCGGAGGAUUUAGGAGAUCAUGAAGCCAAAGCUGGAAGAGAUGUCCACGAGAAGAAGAAUUCCCUGAAAGACGUGGAAGCAGCUACAGCUCCCAUCCAAAGAGAACAGCUGGGGGCUGCCAAAGUUCAGGGAGUAGCAGGAAGGAGCCUGGAAAGAGACUCAGGAGUAGACCUUAAAGCCAAAGCACCGAGUCAGGUGGAGCUCAAAGCCCCGGCAGCUGCAGUGAACUCCGCCAGUAAAAGGAACAUGGCAGAGGGCGAGCAGCACCUACGGGAGCAUCGCAGAGGAGCAGAUGCGGAGGUGGCUGAGGGUGCUGGCAGGCGGCAGCAGGACCUGGCUGCCAAAGGGGAGAUAAAGGAGGAAGCUCCUCAGGAGAAUGCGAUGGAGGUGGCUCAGGACCUGCAGGGAGGCCAGCGGAGCAAGCAGAGGCACGGGGAUGGAGUGGCCUCAAAUGAUGCUGAGAAGAAACCAGGCCCUGAGAAUGCUCCUGCCCAAAAGCCUCAAAAGGGAGCAGCUGCCCAGGGGAACCAGAAGCAUGACCAUGACGUCAAACCGAACCGGGACCUGAAACUGCAGGCGGACCUGGACCUGCGCCGGAGGAGACGGGACCUGCUGCCUCCCGAGGAGGAGGAGGAGGCUGCACAGGGGGCAGAGGUCCUCAUUGGCCUGAACCCCCUUCCAGAUGUGAAAGUGAAUGACCUCCGGAGCGCUCUGGAGACAAGGCUGAACCAAGUUGCGGAGGGGGCUCAGCAGGUGGUCCACAGCCGGCAGAUCAAGCAGAUGACGCAGGCGGACGGCAGCCUGUGA